AUACAAGCUGCGAGAGGCCUGCCAUCUUUUUUGCCUUCUCCACCACGUCUCUCAAGUCUCAACCAAUAAACCCCAUUAUAUAAACACCUCCUCCCCUCUCUUAACUCUCUCUUUUCUCUCCUCUUUUCUCGCAAUUCCCCCCUCAAUUUUUUCUUAUUGUUUUUCACGAUUCUCUGCAAUCGAAGCAAGCCGAAUAAACAAAUUCCGUCAAUUCCAGUUCCUCUUUCUCCGUGAUUUUUCUACUUCUUCUAGGGUUUCGGUUUUGCCUCGCAGCGAUUCUUGCCUCCCGGAGGUAAGCUGACGUCAUCUCCUUUUCUCGCCGGUUUUAUAUUCAUUCGGUGGCGUUCUUUGCUUUGACACGUUUCCGUUCAUUUUCCGCUUGUAAAUCAGUUUAUUUAAGCUGACUGACUAGAAAACUAAGGUUAAGAAACGGGAGGAUGUACAAUUUCCAGGGAUCUUUUGCUUGAUGGACCAUACGCCUGGCUGCAGUGAUAAGGUUACUUUGAAGAGGUGGUUUUUCAUUGACAAAAGGGUUGGUUAGAAGUGUGUGAAACAUCCUAAGAGCAUAGUUAGUAAACUAUCGUCAACUGUUGCAUAUUUGAUAAACUUGUAUUCUGCCAUAAAAGGAUAUUGGGCACAAUGGACCUGAAAUCAAAUACUUCCCCUGUUGUCACUGAUCCUGCCCCAAUGACUCAGUCCAGAUUGGGCAUCCACUCUGCUUUGAUGCCAUACUCACCGACUGGGGCAACUUUCUCUCCCACACUAUUCCUUACUAUCCCAAGGAAGAAGCCAGGAAUCCUAGAUGAUGUUAGAUCAAACACUUGGUUGGAUGCCAUGAAAUCGUCAUCUCCUACACACAGCAAGAAAAAUAAGGAUUCCAAUACUGAACUAGCAGCAAAUGAAGGUGUUCUUGGCUACCGCAUCUGGAUGCUCAAGUAUCCCUCGGCACUUUCAUCAUUUGAGCAAAUCACCAAUUAUGCAAAAGGCAAAAGGAUAGCACUCUUUUUGGACUAUGAUGGGACUUUAUCACCAAUUGUAGAUGAUCCAGAUCGAGCCUUCAUGUCUGGUGCUAUGCGCGCUACUGUGAGGAAUGUGGCUAAAUAUUUUCCCACAGCAAUUAUUAGUGGGAGAAGCCGAGAUAAGGUAUAUGACUUUGUCGGACUAGCAGAACUUUACUAUGCUGGUAGUCAUGGGAUGGAUAUAAUGGGUCCUGUUCGAUCCGUUUCUGAUGACUAUAGUUGUAUUAGAUCUACUAACAAGCAGGGCAAGGAAGUUAAUCUUUUCCAACCUGCUGGUGAGUUCUUACCAAUGAUUGAUGAGGUUUUUAGAUCUCUUAUUGAGCUCACAAAAGACAUCACGGGAGCAAAGGUUGAGAACAACAAAUUCUGUGUUUCUGUACAUUAUCGUAAUGUAGAUGAGAAGAGUUGGUCAACUAUUGGAGAAUCUGUUGAUGAACUGUUAAAACACUACCCACGUCUGCGAUUGACUCAUGGCCGGAAGGUUUUAGAAGUCAGGCCUGUGCUUAACUGGGACAAGGGGAAAGCUGUCGAGUUCUUACUUGAAUCGUUGGGGUUGAAAAAUUGUGAUGAUGUUCUUCCCAUAUACGUUGGAGAUGAUCGUACAGAUGAAGAUGCAUUCAAGGUCUUGAGAGAGGGAAAUAAAGGUUACGGAAUCUUAGUAUCUUCUGCACCAAAAGAAAGCAGUGCGUUUUACUCUCUGAGGGAUCCAUCUGAGGUGAUGGAAUUCCUCAAGUGCUUGGUAUCAUGGAAGAAGUCAAGUGGUUUUAGCUAUUAACAAGGAGUACCAUUCAACAACACAUAUACCCCAUUUUGUUGAAUUCUUUUCAUAUGAAGAUCUAAUGACUUGCGGAUGGUUUAGGGAGCAGAGGUGCUUAGUGAAGCUUCUAGAGACAGCAACAGGGAUUCAAGUUUACUGUUUCUGCUCAGAGUUUUUCUUUGUAAAUUCCUUUUCGUAAUUGCCGCAUCAAGGAUGCCCUUAAGUCAAUGUAUAGUCAUCUUCGUAUUUUAUUUUUCAAGUUGUAUGUUGUUUUAACUUUGGCGUCAGUUCUCCCCAAGGGAGAGUGUACCAACAACUGAAAUGCUUAAUACAUCAAGUACGAACUUAAUUUAGUAA